AAUUCUGUUAGCAAUGAUUCUUAAAAGGUGUUGCAAAUUGGUGCUGAAUUAGAUAAUAUACUUGUAAUUAGUCAGUUCCGGGUGUGGACCGAAUACAGGUGUAUAUAAGCGUCUUGUUUUCAAGCACUAGCUAUCACUGCUGUCGCCUCUCUUCACGUUUAGAUCCAGUCUAAUCAACACACUCUCCUUCCAAAAUGAUGAAAGUUAUCGCCCUUGUUGCCUGUCUGGCUGUCGUUGCCUUUGCUGAGCCUGUGAGCUAUGGUCUGCACGGAGGCUUCGGAAAGGGUGGUCUGUACGGAGGCUACGGAAUGGGUGGUCUGUACGGAGGCUUCGGAAUGGGAGGUCUGUACGGAGGUUACGGUUUGGGAGGACUGUACGGAGGCUACGGAAUGGGUGGUCUAUACGGAGGCUACGGAAUGGGUGGUCUAUACGGAGGCCACGGAUUAGGAGGACUGUACGGAGGAAUCGGAGGUUUCGGAAAAGGUAUUGGAUAUGGCUUCUACUAAGGUUGUCGCUCCAGUGUCACAAUUCAUCUGCAUCAUCAAUAUGUACAUUAUUUAUUGUAUCCGGUUUGAAAUAUGUCACAUAAAACACAAUCAUUGAAA